AACCCAGGUACCCAGAGCGUGCGGGCCGCGACUGCAGCCCCCUCCCCGGGCUGCGUUCCACCACCUCCCCGCGUCCCUUGCAGGUGCAGAGCCAGCCCCACAGCCUCUUCAGAGGAGCCUUUCAAGUAAAACGAGAAAAUGGCCACCAAGGAGAAGCUGCAAUGUCUGAAAGACUUCCACAAAGACAUCCUGAAGCCUUCUCCAGGGAAAAGCCCAGGCACGCGGCCUGAGGAUGAGGCUGAGGGGAAACCCCCUCAGAGGGAGAAGUGGUCCAGCAAGAUUGACUUUGUGCUGUCUGUGGCCGGAGGAUUCGUGGGUUUGGGCAACGUCUGGCGUUUCCCGUACCUCUGCUACAAAAAUGGUGGAGGUGCCUUCCUCAUACCGUAUUUUAUUUUCCUGUUUGGGAGCGGCCUGCCUGUGUUUUUCCUGGAGGUCAUCAUUGGCCAGUACACCUCAGAAGGGGGUAUCACCUGCUGGGAGAAGAUCUGCCCCUUGUUCUCUGGCAUUGGCUACGCAUCCAUCGUCAUCGUGUCCCUCCUGAAUGUGUACUACAUUGUCAUCCUGGCCUGGGCCACAUACUACCUAUUCCAGUCCUUCCAGAAGGAGCUUCCCUGGGCCCACUGCAACCACAGCUGGAACACACCACAGUGCUUGGAGGACACCCUGCGUAGGAAUGAGAGUCUCUGGAUCUCCCUUAGGGCCACCAACUUCACCUCGCCUGUCAUCGAGUUCUGGGAGCGCAAUGUGCUCAGCCUGUCCUCUGGAAUCGACCACCCAGGCGCUCUGAAAUGGGACCUUGCACUCUGCCUCCUCUUAGUCUGGCUCGUCUGUUUUUUCUGCAUCUGGAAGGGUGUUCGAUCCACAGGCAAGGUUGUCUACUUCACCGCCACUUUCCCGUUUGCCAUGCUUCUGGUGCUGCUCGUCCGUGGACUGACCCUGCCAGGUGCUGGUGAAGGCAUCAAAUUCUACCUGUACCCUGACAUCAGCCGCCUCGAGGACCCACAGGUAUGGAUCGACGCCGGAACCCAGAUAUUCUUUUCCUAUGCCAUCUGCCUGGGGGCCAUGACCUCACUGGGAAGCUACAACAAGUACAAGUAUAACUCGUACAGGGACUGUAUGCUGCUGGGAUGCCUGAACAGUGGUACCAGUUUUGUGUCUGGCUUCGCAAUUUUUUCCAUCCUGGGCUUCAUGGCACAAGAGCAAGGGGUGGACAUUGCUGAUGUGGCUGAGUCAGGUCCUGGUUUGGCCUUCAUUGCCUACCCGAAAGCUGUGACUAUGAUGCCGUUGCCCACCUUUUGGUCCAUUCUGUUUUUUAUUAUGCUCCUCUUGCUUGGACUGGACAGCCAGUUUGUUGAAGUCGAAGGACAGAUCACAUCCUUGGUUGAUCUUUACCCGUCCUUCCUAAGGAAGGGUUAUCGUCGGGAAAUCUUCAUCGCCAUCGUGUGUAGCAUCAGCUACCUGCUGGGGCUGACGAUGGUGACGGAGGGUGGCAUGUAUGUGUUUCAACUCUUUGACUACUAUGCAGCUAGUGGUGUAUGCCUUUUGUGGGUUGCAUUCUUUGAAUGUUUUGUUAUUGCCUGGAUAUAUGGCGGUGAUAACUUAUAUGACGGUAUUGAGGACAUGAUUGGCUAUCGGCCUGGGCCCUGGAUGAAGUACAGCUGGGCUGUCAUCACUCCAGCUCUCUGUGUUGGAUGUUUCGUCUUCUCUCUUGUCAAGUAUGUACCCCUGACCUACAACAAAGUCUACGUGUACCCGGAUUGGGCAAUUGGGCUGGGCUGGGGCCUGGCUCUUUCCUCCAUGGUGUGUAUCCCCUUGGUCAUUCUCAUCUUCCUCUGCCGGACGGAGGGACCGCUCCGCGUGAGAAUCAAAUACCUGAUAACCCCCAGAGAGCCCAACCGCUGGGCUGUGGAACGUGAGGGGGCCACACCCUUCAACUCCCGCUCCCUCAUGAACGGCACGCUCAUGAAACCCAGCCACGUCAUUGUGGAGACCAUGAUGUGAGGUCCGGGUCACGCCACGGGCGCCGCUUUCCUGCUGUUUACUAACGUUAGAUUCUCAUAGGACCAGGUUUACAGAGCUUUAUAUUUGUACUAGGAUUUUUUUUUAAUUGUCACAGAAAAUGUUACUCUAUGUGUAUGUGUGUGUAUCACGUAUAUGUCUAUAUGUGUAUUUUGUUUUGAUUCGGGGGACAUUUUGUACAAAAAGAACCCACGGGCCUAAGUCCUGGGGAGAGGAUGGACUUUCUUAUUGAUUUUGAUGUAUUUUAUGGGAACUUGGUAAAAUUUUCAUUGUAUUUUUUUUAACAUAUAACUAUAUAUACUUAGAGUCUGUCAUACACUUUACCACUUGAAAUGGUUUUGCCAGCAAUGGAUCUCAUUUUCAAAAGCAAUUCUUCGGUGCUUAUAUAGCUGGCAGAAAGUUCUGCCCAAAAACAAACAAAAAAAGAAAGAAAAAAAAAAACCCUAAAUGCUGGGUGGAAUUUUUUCUAUGAUGGUGGUUACAUCUUCAAGAAAGGUUUAGUCCCUUCUGUGCUGGUUCAGGAGGAAGAAUACAGCUGAGGAGAGGGAGCCCUCACUAGCUGAACAGACCUGAGGGGCAGGAGAGAGCAGGGCUGUGGGGAGAACCCACAAGAAAGAUGCCAAAAUAAUAGCCUCACCCUCAGCAUGAAGGAUUGAUCCUAAGAGCAGCUGAAGCCAUUGUACCAGGGCCAAACCCCUCCCUUUUAUUUUAAAGUAGAGGGUGGGUAGUCAGUGGGGUUGUCUGGACCACCAUGGGUCUUAGAGGCAGGAAUGGGAAGUCUGAAAGGCAGAUGAGAAUGGGGCUGGGAGCCUCAGCACGCUUAGGCAGAAGCCUCAGCCUUUCUGGCGCAUUCAACACAGUUGCCCGAGGCCAGUCCACAGGAGCUGCCAGGGCACACACAAGAAGGGGCUGUUGUAUUUGAAUGGAGUCAUGGUGGGUGGGGGUCAGGGCGUGCCCCAAGCAGAAUGCAUUUUGGUGAGGGCCUGGAGGGAAGUCAGUGGACCAAAGGAUUUUAGUAGCUCAGGAGGGUGAGUGUACCCCAGACUGGCAAGUGUACCCCAGGAGGAUACUUUCUUCCCUUGCCUCAUGACAAACCCUUGUUAAAGAUGCCGCCCUAGAGCCAUCCAGCUCCCGGCACGGAACGCUCGGAGUGGCUAUAGAUGCUGGAGUUCAAGUACAGAGCCAACUUGGUAGUGACCUCAGAUCUUGUUCUGCCGUGACUGUUGGACAGGUGUUGCCCCCAGGGAACUGACGAGAGAAGACAAAGGGGACAUUUUGUAGGUUGAGGUUGUCUCCACAGAGAGGCCGCCAAUGCCCCAGAGCUGGCUGACCUCAGGCAGGGCUGUUUCCUUCUGAACCAGGGAGAGGGCACUACACCUUCACCCCAGCUUCCACUGGGCCCAACUGUGCCAUCCUGAACCUCUUUGACAAAUGUACACAUUUCUCUGUCUCCAAAGCAAUGUACUCUGCCAAGUGACCCUCCAGUCCUCUUCCAGUGGUUGCUGAGUCAGCCACCCGUGAUUCUACUGUGUUCCUGUUGUCCUGUGUAUUUCUGGUUGCUCUUGUGUUCUUCUGUGUAUUGGAGUUUUUAUUUCCCCCUGAUUUUACCAAUUUGUAAU